AUGGACUCUCGACGGCAGGACCAAGGCCAGUCAAGAUACCGAGGUUCCGCGUACCCAAACUACAGCGACUGUGGACUUUCUGAAGAGCUCGAGCCCAUCGGAGGCGACUCCGCCGCGUACAAUGAGCCCGUGCGGGGCUCGCAUACGUUGGGCCGGUGUGGCCCUAAACAAUACUCUCGGGACUUUCGAUCAAGCUUCAGCCCCGUUGAUCAUCGACCAAACGACCGGACGCCUACGGAUGGACAAAGCUUGCGGGAGUGGCUCGACCAGAACCGUGCACCCGACACUCCAGAGGAAAUCCGUCAGCUAUGGCCCGGCCUGGCCAGAUUGUGCCGGUCUCUCGGCAGUCCCCUCACCGGAUGCCGCGACGGCGCUCAGUUCGGCGCAGCCGGCGCCGACGUCCGGCACGACAUCACACCCGCCAACAUAUUCUUUGUCUCGUCCCCAUACGACUCGUCCAGUAGCGGCGGUCAGUGCGGCGGCGGAAAAGUAGACGUCAAGCUCGGCGACCCGGGCUGGAGCCGCCAACUACAGCCGAUGCCAGAUCUGUCCAAGCCUUACCCCUGGUCCCCAAGCAACUACGUCGCCCCUAAGCAGUUCAUCGGGCAUGGGAAUGACGCUUAUGUCGGGAUGACCAGCAGCAGCACCGAUCUUUGGUCGAUGUCCUGCUUAAUGCUCGAGGUCGCCGUGUGGCUGGGAGGAGGAACCCAGGCCGCCGCGGAAUUCUUCCGGACCCGGGUGCAUAAGAAGGAACAAUCGGACCGCUUUCCCACAUCCCCAUUUAUCGUCGGCUACGAAGGCUGCUUCCACAAUGGCGAGGAGGCGCUUACUUCUGUCAAAGGAAUAGCAGUACCGACUAACAGAAACCAAUGGGUCUUCGACGGCAUCACCGGGAGGAUCGUCGACUCCCUCGUCGAAAACAUCCUAGUGAACGCCAAACAGAGGCCUGGCAUCAGUUGGACGGCACGGAGCAGUCCCAUCAAGCCCUACAUCCAGCAAGCCCGGGCGGAUUCUGGAGUUAAUUGGGGUACGGACGGCUCAAUUCCCCGGCGCUUGUCCACCAAAUCGGACAACUUCAAAUCGCCGCCCCAGGCAGGAGAGCAAACCCGAGUACCGCUCGUUCGAAAGCAACCGAAGCAUAGCGAAGCCACGUCGACUGUGUCAGCGACUACCGCAACGCUUGGGAGUGGUCACGGGAGCCUGAUCUCCUCAAAGUCAUGGAACCUUUCCUUGCAGACGUUCAAAGAGAACUCGAUGGACGUGACCAUGUAUGUUUUGCUACAUGUUAUCUUCCUCAUCGAUAACUACGGCGACAUGAUCGAGCACGAGGGGCAGCUCAAACGCGCCCUCGAGGCCAUCGUCAAGGUCGUCAAGCACGUCGACCGGUAUGGCCCCGAGGUAUGGUUCACGUCGGCCCCGCCCCAGCGGCACCACGGCUUCCCCUGGCUGUCCUACGCGCCCGCCCCGCUGCCGCCCGGCACAAACAUCUACGUCAUAACCUCCGGCGUCUGGGGCCAGCCCGAGGCGGCGGGCGGCGGCGAUCCGACUUUGGGCGUCGCGCGCUAUCCGCGCCUUCAUCAGGAGCUAGCAGGACGCCGGACGUCUCGACAGCCACACCGUGGUCCGGGUGGCGCGCACGCGGAUAGCGACGACGAUUACGACUAUUACGACGACGAAAAGGAUGGUGAAAAGGAUGUGUAUGACGGUGACGACGAGAAGGGCGGCGUGUUGCAAGGAGAAGGGAGGCAAGACACGAGAACCCAUACGGUGUGCAUGCGGUCUAUUCUGCUGGGCGCAACAGACAAGCAGGAAGAUGCCAGGACGGAGAAUCAUAGGGCCUUCGGCUAA